AAUGUCUUUGCCACAUCUUACAAGUAUCAAUCUUUUAAUAUCGAGAACUGAACUUUGUUCUACGCCUGCAGUUCUUCCAAUCUCUCCAAACUCAACUUUUGAGCAAAUAGUUUCACCAUGUUUGGCAAAAGUUUUGAUUCCUUCUUUGCCUAUUGUGAUGGCUUUAACAGCUUUUAUUGCCUUGUGUGUCCAGAAUUUUUUCUUUAGAGAAACGCUUAAUGGAUGUCGAUUGUAUAUUGGAAAGCUGGUUGUUUUAAAGACGUUGAUUUCAUUUUUCGCCGCCCUUGCUUCUUUGGUGGAUGUUGUUUUACUUUUUGCUUGGCCUGAUUAUUUAGGCCCUUCACCGGUUCUACCUGAGCAGCAAAAUUCUGUUUUUAUUGGUUUAGCUAUCACUUUUUGUCUGCUAAUAGUUUAUGGACAAUGUAUUUGUUUGGGAAUUGUUAGCAGCGGUUUUUUACAUUUGGCGUGGGCUCUACGCUUCAUUUCACUCAUUCCCGAUACUGUUCUUUCAUUUGCAAAUACUCAAAGAUUAUUUAACGAAGUCCCUUCAAAUUAUUGCUCAUUAAGUCAAUUUUUGUUGGCUACUUUGAUGACUUUUUUGCUUUGUUGGGCGGAUUCGACAACUUCAACUGAUGCCCAAUACCAACGUUUAGAUGGCCAAGAAGGGCGAAAAGAGAAGAAAAAAUGCCCAGAAAAUUCAUCUUCUGCACUCAAUUGUCUUUUCUUUUGGUAUACUGGACAAAUGAUUUGGCGAGGUUUACGUGGAUCUGUUGAUUUUGAUGAUCUUUGGAUUUUGGAUAAAUGCUUUCAAGCAGGAUAUUUGCGCAGUCGUUGGCACCGACUUCAACGAGUAUGUGCAGGACGAAAACUCAAUCCAGCUUUGUUUCUCUUCCGUUGUUUUCUUUGUGUUUGGGAAUGGAAUUGUUUAUUGAUUGUUCUUUCUGUAACAGCAGGAAAUCCAGUUUGGCUUUCUUUAACUUUUAUGGUGUUUUUGUUCUUUACCGAUUUCGGUGACAAGCUGAUUACUGUUAGAAGAGAUUUUGCAUCAUUUCGUGCUUAUUUGAAUCUUCGUUCUAUAUUAACAAGUGUUAUUUUUGAUAAGAUGAUUCGCCUUUCACCAUCAAGCAAAAUUAAAUAUUCUGUUGGGGAAAUUCAGAAUUAUUUAAAUAAUGACGUCUAUCAUAUUCGUUCUAUUUUCUUCGAUGUCUGUUAUUUUAUCAAUUGCCCAUUAACGCUUAUAAUUGCUUUCUUUGGUCUUUACAUGGAGCUUGGUGUUAAUGCUUUUUAUGGGGUUGUAAUACUUGUCGUUGUUUUUCCUGUCAAUUAUGCUCUAACUAAGAUCAGUACUCGUUUGGAAGUAUUUUUAAAAAUAAUUUUUUGUAAUGAAAAUUUUUAG